AUGGCGACAUCAGCAGAUCAUAUUGCGACAGCAGUGAACGAAAGUGCGGACGUAUGUAGCAUUUGUAUCGAACAGUUUAAGGACCCAAGGCGCUUGACAUGCUUUCACACUUUUUGUUUUGGAUGUUUGAAGACAUUUGUCUCCAGGUCCUCAGAAGCCGGCAAGUUCUCGUGUCCUCUUUGUCGCUACGACGUCACCAUACCGGAGGAAGGAGUGUCGGGAUUUCCCGAAAAUAUAUACGCUGAUGCCCGAGCCAAAAGGCAAGCGCACAGAGAAGAAGAAAGUUGUGGGGUGUGUGAACAAAGAGCAGCUAAUAUGUGUCGCGAAUGUGAUGUACUACUGUGUGAAUUGUGUACCAAGCUACACAGGGCUCUGCCCAUUUGUCGGUCACAUUUGUUGAUAAAUCUAGACGAUUCUGCUGAAGGAAAACGUUUGCUUUCUAGAGAAAGAUUUUGUGAAAAGCACAAAGAUGAAAAACUUAUAUUUUUCUGUAAGCACUGCAGCAUGGUGAUCUGUCGGAACUGUAAGCUCACCAGACACGACGGCCACAAGACGGUGGAUGUUUCUGACGUCGUUGAAGAUGCUCGUGUUCACUUAGCAGAAAGGAAGGGUGAACUGGAAAAAUACGUGAAACAAAUGAAAUCAUCUUAUGAUACAAUGCAGUUUCAAUAUGUGGCCUUAAAUGUGGUGUUGCAUAAAGCCAAAAUAAAAAUCGACACGUCUGCAGACAGGUUGAUUGAUAUGAUAAGCGAAAUCAGAAAUAAGGCGACUGAUAAAGUAAACGUUAUCGAGAAAAACAACGAAAGUAGAUUUGAGGAUGCAAACUGUGCUUACACACAAAAGCAAUUAUUUCUGAAAAGCCAAAUGGACCACAUCGAUGAUGUACUGAAAGACGGACUUGGCUGUGACGUCAUGACCGCGGACGGUGAAGUCUCGGAGCGGAUGAGCGUCAUUGAGAAUGAGAUCUCUCUCGCUACAGAUGAUUUUAUCCAGAAUAUAGGUAAUCUUUCCAUUCAUGCCACAUCUUCAGUUCAACUACAGUAUGUCCAUUGUGUUGUCAGUGACGUUAUCGGACAUGUGCUGCAAGGGUUACCAAAACAACCUGUAGCCAUGUUGAUAAACAAUGUCAACUUAGGCAGAGGCAAGAUAACAUCUAUUACUCUAACACAAUCAUCCAAUGCGUGGGUUGGUAAGAUCGUUAGUCCGUGGUACUCGUCAAAGUAUAAUAAAAUAUGUCUGUGUAACUUAAACCAAAUAUCAUUAAAGUUAAACUAUAAAUUUGGUUUUGAAGUGGAUCCUGUGAAGUUAAAAACAGAUGGUGUUAACCAGUUGUUACGAAUAUACAAUUCGAAGAACACGGAUACAAAAAUACGAAGUGGAGAAUGUAAGAAUCUCAAGAAAGAAUAUCCGCAAAAGGAUGAGAACAGCAAUGGCGACAGAUGCUGGGUUGAUGACCAAGACGGUUUGGUCAAUAUCAAACUCUCAAGUGGGAUUCUUACAAAUCUGACUUUUAACCCGUUUUCAAACGGACAUCCUUUUAAACCUUGCGACGUCUGCUGGGGAAAGAAAGAUGAGGUUUAUAUUGUGGACAGUGGAUCAAAAACCAUUGUUGUUUACAGUCUCUCAGAAGGAUUUGUGAAAGCUCUUUUCAUCCCUGGAGAAAGGGAGUUUGAUCCAUCAGCUGUUGCUAUGGAUACUGAGGGUAAUCUUUGGAUUGGAGAAGAUGAUGGAAUUCUUAGUGUUUGCAAGGUGGAGUGACAUUCAGUAUAUAUUAUAUACCGGUACAUUAAUAUAUACUGAAUCUGAACAUUAAUAUAUACUGAAUCUGAACUUGAACAGGCAAAGAUAAACUUUGUUUCUGUAAAAGGGUUGAUAUAAAAAAAAAAACCCCAAACCUGUAUACAAGUUCACAAAACUGUUAACAAUUUGCUUGUGUUGAAGUGAAAAUGUUCACUUAAAUUUGAAAUAGUAAUAAAAGCAAUAUGUAUGUUUGUUGUACAUGAGCAUCAA